AUGGUGAGCAGAUCUUCCAUCCUCUUGCACCUGACACAAGUGGAAUGUAAUUUCAUCCACGCAGUGCGACUGUAUAAGUGCAUGAUGUUGUUGGUUGUCAAAGUCCGGUAUAGACAAAUGCAGCUUGGCACAGAAAGCAAAGUAGCUGAGCUUCUUCACCAAAGUAAACUGAAAUCCUUUGAAAGUGAACAUAUUCAACUCAUGCAACAAGAAACAGCUAAGAAUCUUUCACAGUGCCAAAUGGAAUGUGAGAAAUAUCAGAGGAAGCUGGAGGUGCUUACUAAGGAAUUUUAUAGUCUUCAGUCUUCUAGUGAAACACGCAUUAUUGAACUUCAAACACAGAAUUCAGAGUUUCAAGCAAGGCUAGAUACUUAUGAAAAACUUGAAAAAGAGCUUGAUGAGAUAAUAUUGCAGACAGCAGAAAUGGAAGAUGAAGUUGAAGCUGAAAGGGUUCUCUUCUCAUAUGGGUAUGGUGCUAAUGUUCCUACAACAGCCAAAAGACGACUAAAGCAAAGUGUUCAGUUGGCAAGGAGAUUACUGCAGCUAGAAAAGCAAAACUCAUUGCUUGUAAAAGAUCUGGAACAUCAGAAGCAACAAGUAACAAAGAUUUCACAAGAGCUUGACAGAGCAAAUUCUUUGUUAAGUCAAGUACAACAGCCGUACAAAUACCUCAUUGAAACUGUGCAACAGAGAGAUUCUCAAAUAAAUAUACAGAAAGAACAUAUUACACAACUUGAAAAAGAUGUCAGUCUUUUAAAUAAAGAAAAGACAGCUUUGCUGCGUGUCAAGAAUCAAAUGGCAGCAGAUUUGGAGAGACUUCUAAAUCACCGUGAGGAACUAGCCGCAAUGAAACAGAUUCUAAUUAGUCUACGUGGUAAACACUACGAAGAAAAUUUACCUCAGUCUCAUAUUGAUGUAAAAAGUGUGACUGCAAAAAACAAAUCAAACCCUUCAGUAAAACUGCUGACAGACCAUGAGGAAGAAAAUGUAUUUACACCUAAGCCAACGUUAUUUACAAAUAAAGAGGCACCUGUAUGGUACAAGAAACUGCAGAAGAAAACAUCACCAUAG